AUGCUCGUAACCACGAAGGCCCUAAUGACCCUACCAGAAACCCUAUUCUUCCAAGUCUACCCUCCUCGCUGGGGACUUCAAUCUUCUACAUACCAGACAACCACAAAAGCACAAAGACAAUACUGGCGUGACAAGCUAAUAACUGCCGCACAAACGAAGGAGGUCUUCGACAUCAGCAAAUGGCAUAAAUCGGUAGGAUUGUACCGCAGCCCUCCUCUCAAGGACCCUCUACGACCGAACGAGCCCCCUGCAGUCUCUACUCAGGAGAAGCGAGAUCUACUAGUUUGCAACGUUCUUCAGAACACAGCCGAGGCAGGGGAUAUUCCACUAGACUGCCCAGCUGCCCCUAGCGCUGCUCUCCUGUUUCCUGAGAUCUCUAUAGAACAAGUGGAAAAGGCUAUUCUAAAGGCUGGAAACACCGCUCCAGGUGAAGACGAACUCCAAACCAACAUCCUCAAGGUGGCCUAG